AUGGGUUCCUCAACUGUUGAUUUUAAAAAAUCUGUAGAUCUUGUUACUCCGGUUGAGGAAAGUCCUUCAAUAGAUCUUAUUAAGGGUACUAAUGAUAGAUGUGCUGCGUGGAGAUUCUCUUUAAUUGGUCGUCUUGAUUUGCUUCGAUUGAAAUUUUCUGAUGCUGUUCUUAAUCUUAAAAGUCAGUGGAAAUUAGAAGAUCAAUGUAAAAUGAUUCCAUUAGGAAAAUUAUUCUUUACGAUUAAACUGGAUAAUGAGCGUGAUCAAAGUUACAUUAAAGCUGGGAAAUGGGAAGUUCUUCAUCAGGAUCUAUGGAUUCGUAAUUGGAUACCCAAUUUUCAUCUAGAAAAUCAUCGUACAUCAUAUGCUAAUAUAUGGGUUCAUCUUCCUGGACUCAGCUUAGAGUAUUGGGAUGAAAAAACACUCUUCACCAUCUGCAGUGAUUUGGGUGAUCCUGUGAAAGUGGAUGAAGCUACCUUAAACUUUGAGAAUGGUAUGUUUGCAAGAGUUUUAAUCAACAUUGAUUUAGCAAAGAAGAUUCCUCAUAAACUCUGGAUUAAAACUAAAUUUGGGGGUUUUAUGCAAGAUGUGGUUCUUACUAAGUUACCUAAAUUCUGUCAAAAUUGCAAAAUUGUUGGUCAUCUUCUUUCUGAGUGCAGAGUUAAGAAAGUAUCACAAGAAGCAAAUAUUCUACAAAAAAACACCUCUCCAUUAUUUGGAUCAACAUCACUGAAGCCUCAAGACAAAUUUGACUCAAAUAAAGCUUAUGAAGACAAGAGCACUAAUUCUACAAAACCUGUAUCUCCAACAACAACAUUAUCUCCACCAAAAAACACAAAGAAAUUGGAUAUCUGUUUUACUCCUGUAACACAUAUUAAUCAACAAGUGGUUACUCCACAGCAUUCAAUGAUUGAAGAAGAAACUGUUAUCAAUGUGUCUGAGGAAGAAUGUAAUCUUGAUCCAACAAGAAUAUCACAAAUAGCUGAAGAAAAUGCAAUUGAAAAGAGUGUUAUCAAAUAUAUUAAUGGGAAGGAUUGUUCAAUAUCAGAAGAAAGAGUGCCUUCAACCUCUUGGUCAAGAAUAAUUCAAAAACCAGCUUCUUCAAAUGUAACAUCUACUUCUGAAACACAAAAACAAGGAGCAGAACCAAAGGUAAAAAUUCUACAAGCUACCAACAAAUACAAUUUUAGGAAAAAUCAAGGAAAGGGAGGCACUAAAGGCCUCCAACCACAAAUAUGA